GCUCCUUGUGAAAUGGAGUUUGGCAUCCUCGGCGCCGAACCGAGUGGAAGUUUCCAUGAUGAGGAAGUUCUGUGACACGGGAAUUCGGAAAAGAUCUGCGGUUUCCCCCCCAUUGGCUGUCCUGCGUGGGUGCCAAGUUCCACACGUGAUUUCAUGGAUCAGAAGGAGAUGUCAGUGAAAAAAGGGGUCCAGAAUGAUUACUAACCUAUGACUCCCAACAGUAUGACAGAAAAUGGCCUUCCAGCCUGGGACAAACCGAAGCACUGUCCAGACCACGAACAGGACUGGAAGCUAGUAGGAAUGUCUGAAGCCUGCCUCCAUAGGAAGAGCCAUUCGGAGAGGCACAGCACAUUGAAAAAUGAACAAACAUCGCCACAUCUCAUCCAGACAACUUGGAGUAGCUCCAUAUUCCAUCUGGACCAUGACGAUGUGAAUGAUCAGAGUGUCCCAAGUGCCCAGACCUUUCAAACGGAAGAGAAGAAAUGUAAAGGGUACAUCCCCAGUUACUUAGACAAGGACGAGCUAUGUGUGGUGUGCGGCGACAAGGCCACGGGCUAUCACUACCGCUGCAUCACCUGUGAAGGCUGCAAGGGUUUCUUUAGAAGAACCAUUCAGAAAAAUCUCCAUCCAUCCUAUUCCUGUAAAUAUGAAGGAAAAUGUGUCAUAGACAAAGUUACACGAAACCAGUGCCAGGAAUGUCGCUUUAAAAAAUGCAUCUAUGUUGGCAUGGCAACAGAUUUGGUACUGGAUGACAGCAAGCGGCUGGCAAAGCGGAAGCUGAUUGAGGAGAACCGGGAGAAGAGACGGCGGGAGGAGCUGCAGAAAUCCAUCGGGCACAAGCCGGAGCCCACCGACGAGGAGUGGGAGCUCAUCAAAACCGUCACCGAAGCCCACGUGGCCACCAAUGCCCAAGGCAGCCACUGGAAGCAGAAGCGGAAAUUCCUGCCAGAAGAUAUUGGACAAGCACCAAUAGUAAAUGCCCCAGAAGGUGGAAAGGUUGACUUGGAAGCCUUCAGCCAUUUUACAAAAAUCAUCACACCAGCAAUUACCAGAGUGGUGGAUUUUGCCAAAAAGUUGCCUAUGUUUUGUGAGCUGCCAUGUGAAGACCAGAUAAUCCUCCUCAAAGGCUGCUGCAUGGAGAUCAUGUCCCUUCGCGCUGCUGUGCGCUAUGACCCAGAAAGUGAGACUUUAACCCUGAACGGGGAGAUGGCAGUGACACGGGGCCAGCUGAAAAAUGGGGGUCUUGGGGUGGUGUCGGAUGCCAUCUUUGACCUGGGCAUGUCGCUGUCUUCUUUCAACCUGGAUGACACUGAAGUAGCUCUCCUUCAGGCGGUCCUGCUGAUGUCUUCAGAUCGCCCAGGGCUCGCCUGCGUUGAGAGAAUAGAAAAAUACCAAGAUAGUUUCCUGCUGGCCUUUGAACACUAUAUCAAUUACCGAAAACACCACGUGACACACUUUUGGCCAAAACUCCUAAUGAAGGUGACAGACCUGCGGAUGAUUGGAGCCUGCCAUGCCAGCCGCUUCCUGCACAUGAAGGUGGAAUGCCCCACGGAACUCUUCCCCCCGUUGUUCUUGGAAGUGUUUGAGGAUUAGACUGGCUGACUUCCUUCUCAUAAUUCCUACAGCACUACUGGGUGUCAUUUCAUUCCAUUGCCUAGAUCAUUUUUGUUUGUUCCUUUGUUUCUUUGUGUUGGGAGGGAUUGUAAAGGGAGCUAGUCCUUGGCGUAGACAUGGAUGAAAUUGCCCCUUGAAUGCGGGUACUUGCAGCUAUUGCAUUUUGUUCUCCAGUCCUUUGAUGUGAAUGCUUUGAUGUUUUUACAGCUAGGGAGGUGGGGUGGGGACCAUCAUUAAUUCACCAGCACCAAGCCACCACCAGCUCCCAUCUGUCCCUGGUCAGAGACUCAAGCAAGCAAAAUGGCACAGCAGAAGACUAAAGAAGCCUUAAAACCAAGAUCAUGGGUUCGUCUUGAUCCAAUUCGGAUUUUUGCAGGACUCAAGUUAGCAGGACACAGACCAUCUUUGGUUAGAUGUGGCUUCCAGCUUUCUAAGGAAAGGUCUGGACAAGUUUUGUUUAUUCUAAAGCAUGCUGGCUUCAGCACUCUUCAUUCUCUCCUGGCAGCCUAACUUGGAAUGUAUAGAAAUAUUUGUUCCCCAAAAUCAGCUGUUCUUUCACUGGAAUUUUUAUAAUCUUAUGAUUUAAUUCAAGUUAUUCAAGGCAUGACUCAAAGCCAUGCAGGUACUUGACUGAUUGAGACCAACAUGGAAAAUCAUUUUCUUCAGCCAGCUCAAAGAAAUUAGAAAUGUUUGUCAGUGACUCAAGAGUUUCCAAAAAUUCACAUGUUAUUACCUCAUAAUAGGAAGGCUUCUUUACAGUUAAGGCUCAGAGAACGUUUCCAUAGAAAUUAGGCCUAUUUACAGUUGUCAUUUUUCAAUGACAUCUAAUCCAUCCCUUCUCAAACUCCUGAAGUUAUUAAUCCUGAUUGCAUCUUUGCUGUGUUGACAACAGAUUUCCCUAUGGAUUACAUAUUCUAAUCAAGGAGAGAUAACGAGCUGAAAUUGGAGUCUUGUGGAGGAAUUCUGAGGAGAGACUAGUGCAGUUACAUUCCAAGUUGAAGGAAGCACAGCGAUCUGAGAGCACUCUUCAUGGACUGAUGGUUUGAGGAUGCUCCUUCUAGUCUUGAAUCCUCAAGCUCUUUGCUCUACUCACAAAAAUGUCUCCUAGCCUCCUUUUCCCUCUGACUCUGGGGUUUGACUAUCUCUAAACAAACACUUGUCUAGCCACUGACGCUCUCUGUCCCUGUUAAAGAAUUGCCCUAAGGGAUAUUCAACAGAAAACACCCACAGAUCAUGUACAGGAACCCUCACUCACCUUCCCCACCUAUCUCACCUCCCUAAUAACAAACAUUGGAGUAGCUUGUACCCAGAAAACAAAUGGUGACAUUGCCUCAUCACUUCAACGUCAGAAGGUGGGCAAAGAAUGUACCCAUGCAAUUGAAUGUAUCUCAUUCUUCACUGGCAUAGUAGACAAACACUAUUUUUUAGCCUGCCUGUACUGCCUUAUCCUGGAAAUCCUGGGGACAAUAAGCCAUAUCAGUGAGAUUUACCUAAAAACAAAGGGAUGAAAGUCACUGUGAAAACCAAGUCAGAUCUUUUUUUUUUUUUUUAACUGGCCCAGAAGUCAGGGUGUCAGAGUUCUAAUUUGUGCUCUGUCAACUGACAGAUUUGUGACCUUGUUAGAUUUGGGUCUUGGUUUUCUCACCUUGGGUCCUGGUGAAUAAGUCAUAAACUCUAAAUUCCUUCGAAUCCUUAAUACUCUACUAAUUUCAGGGGAGAAAAAUCUGGGUCUUUUGACAGUUUCCUUCAUAUUCAAAUUUCUACCUUAAUUAGACAAAAAUUGUGGCCCUCCUAACAGAUAUGGAAAUAUUUGGUAUUGAUUCAAAAUAAGAAUUUGACACACUACUCGUCAACUAUGUAGAGAAAGGCAGGACGGCCUCGGAAACACAAGAGGAACGGCAUUGAAUAUCCCAAGAGUGACUGGAAAUAAUCUGAGAGGAAAUGUGUAUGUUUAAUGCACUACAGCAAUUACACUGGCUUCUAGAGGAAGGAAACCAGAACAUCUCUGUGGAACUUGCUAACCAUGUUUACACUUUCAUUCUAGGUGAAGAGAAUGAAAGUGUAAACGUGAAGGUCAUGGGCAGACUACCUACUUGGACUUUAUCUACAGAAAGUAAGGUUUAGUUCUCUCUGGGCAGCCUCUCUAGCCAGUCUCCUUAAGUCUUUGCUUUAUUAACAUCUCAGCUCCCUCUGUUGACUCUGAAACAUAACCCCUUAGUCACCUUCUAGCUCCAGGGUUAACUCGGAGCUUUGUGGCGUGGGGCAGAUUUCCCUGAGAAGGCACUGAGAGGGAGGCAAGCAGGUGGGGUCCGGGAAGGUUCACAGACUCCUUGGGCAUCAAGCCUUCCCAGGAAGUUCUCCUCAAUCUGUUUGACAGAGAUUCCCCCACAUAUUAGACACACCCAGAUUCAAAUAUAAGUACAGAGCCUGAUCUCAAGGGAAAUUGGAAUGCUUUGUGGAUUAACCAUGAUUAGACAUUGGCCAAAUGACACAGUAUAUCUACAGUAAUCCAGACAGCCCCAAGUAAAUUUACGUUUGAGCCUCAGCCUCUUAAAUGAUUGCCUUAAACAGGCAAACCACUGAUCUUGUUUAUGCUAAGGGUGACAAGCCUUAACGCACUUCAGGUAGAAAGGAAAGGCUAUGAGAACUCAAAGGAUCAUGACCCUACUGGUCAAAGUAGCUCGUUUCUUCUGUAACUGAUUGAGGAACUUCGUGCAUCUCAAGACUCCAUCUCAUAAAAUUCAAUUAGGAGGGAUUUGCUCUGGAUUUUUUUAAAACACUUUUUUAUACAGUCCAGACUGUCGAAUCAAGUGUGGACCUGAUCAAAACCCCUCACAGUGGGGAGACAUCCCAGUAGGGGAGACCACCGUACAACUGGGAUUCUUAUUUAUAAAUCACUUAACUUUUGGGGAUGAGUGAGGUGUGUGGGUAUGUGUGUGUGUAUAUGUAUAUGUGUGUGUAUGUGUGUGUGUGUUACCUUCAAGUGUACUUUGCUCUUCAACUUAGCUGUGCAGUAUUUUCAGAAAUAGUGAGAAAAGUAAGAUCUUUUCGUCUUUAUGAUUCUGCUCAACACACCAUGUGCCACCUCAGAGCUUUUUCUAGUCAGAUGAGCCUCUGUCUUCAAUGACGCGCUUUGCCGUGUUGAUGCCUCAACCCAGCGCCGUGUCCCUCACCUGGGACCCAGUGACACCUCUUCGGUCUGCAGCGCUGUCAUCGGGGUGGACCACCAGGCUUGGCUCUGCUCCAGCAACGCCAUUCUUGCGGCUCUUCCCUGAACAGGUGUGCAGGCCUUGGCCCCUCCUCAACACUAACCCCCCACCCUCACCCCAGACUCAGCCUCCACAGAACUGCUGAGCGCCCUCCUGGCAUGUCAUCGUCGGUGAUACAUUCUUAUUCUGUGGAACUCUAACCUAUCCGUGUCAUAUUGACCUUUUGCUGCAUGAGUCAUAAAUUAUGAAAUCAGUCUGAUGGUUUUUGAAAUGUAGCCAGCAUUUGUAAGGCUAAACCUUUUUCAUCAACUGAAUUUAAGUGAGUCACCAAGCCGCAGUUCCUCUUCAAAAGGAAGAGUGCUCAUGGACAUUUGAAUCUCUGCCCUUUCCAAAGGCUAUGGCAUCAGGUUCUCAAAUAAGCUCGUAAUUUUUCCUGUUAUUUUAAUAAUAUGGAAAUAGUAGCAUAGUGUUUCUUUUGAUAGUGAUAGACUAUAAUCCAUAUUUAAAUUUUAUAGAGAAGAAAUUUUAUUGUACUGUGAUGUAGAUAUUUAUUAUCCAGGUAAGGAUUUGCCCGGUGUGUAUUUUUUACAAUUGAAACGUUUUACUUUAAUCUUAAAAAAAAAUACAUUAAAAACAUGUGCAAAAAAAAAAGGACUAGGGGGGAAAAAGGUUUGGCCUUAUCACAGAAUUUUUACUGUGCUGUAUAAAUGUUUGCAAAUGCAAAAAGUGUGCAUUUCCAGUGUGUGUCCACAUUAAUGAAUGCCGCCUUCAAAAGCAAUAUCGUGCAGGUAGACGCUGUUUGUGGCUUUCUGUUGCACAGUAUAACUGACCCACCUUAUGCACAAGACAAUCAAACAGAAAUCUGUCCUCCUCAGGAUUCAGAUAAUACUCAAGUAAAUUACGGAGCACAAUGUAAGACAAAGGAAGACUAUUUAAUUACACGUGUACUGUCGAGACAGAAGAUAUCAGGGCAUGAAUAAGCUGUCAUUGCCCCAUUUUUCUUUGGGUUUUCCCCAAUUAACACACGUUUUCAUUCAAUUAUAGAGCCAAAUUGGAUCUCCAUGUUUUUUUCAGAGAAAACACUUCACCCCCCACCCCCAUCAUGUUUUCAUGCCCUAAGCAUCAGAAAAAUGCUACAGAAUAGGAAGAGAUUGACUGUCAUCGGAAGAUCUGUGUGUUGCAAACAGUGUUAAGUGAUAUUGCUAGAUUGGUAAUAUUUUUUUCAGCCUAAAACUCUGUUGAAAUCUGUGAUCAAAAUGUUUUAAACUAUCCAAAAAGAAAAUUUGUAUAUUUGGGAAAAACGGAUUUUUACAUAGCUUUUGUAUGCAGAUAUUAAAUUGUAAUUAUGAAUAUAGUGGGCAUAGAUAAAGUCAUAAGCUUCAAUUCUAAAAAAGAAAAAAAAAGCUUAUAAUG